AUGGGAAGCUCUGACAAAGAUGAGGCCCUUGGCGUCGCCGUUCAUGUCGGCGAUGAGGAGAACAUCAAGACUGAGCAUGACGAGCAUGCGCUGCCCAAGCCCGACAGCAUCGCAACGUUGAACGAGGAAGAGCUCAAUUUACUCAAGAAACGAAUGGUUCGCAAGAUGGACCUUGUCAUCAUGCCUAUCAUGGGUAUUUUGUACAUUCUCAACUACGUUGACAGAUCGGCCCUCGCAGCUACAAAGGUUUACGGAAUCAUGGAGGAUCUUGGCAUGGACACUGCUCAGUUCGCCACUGCCAUUUCAAUUCUCUUCGUCGGUUAUAUUCCUUUCCAGAUCCCCUCUAACCUGAUCAUGACAAAGAUUUCACGUCCUGGAUUCUAUAUUUGCUCUGCUGCUGUCAUCUGGGGAGCAGUGAGUUCCUGUACGGCGGCUGUCAAAACCUACCAGCAAUUGCUCGUUGUUCGCGUGUUCUUGGGUGUGACGGAGGCCGUUUUCUUCCCGGGAGUUAUUUAUUUCCUCAGCGCAUGGUACACCAAACACGAGCUAGGCAAGCGACUGGCCGCCCUCUUCAUGUUCCAGAUGGUCGGAAGUGCCUUCGGAGGCUUUGUCGCUGCCGGCUGUCUCACUCUGGACGGACGAUAUGGCAUUGCCGGAUGGCGUUGGCUGUUCAUCGUUGAAGGUGUCGUCACGAUUGGCUGCGGUAUUAUCUUUGCUUGUUUCAUGCCGGAAUACCCUCACAAUGCUCGCCUUCUGAAACCUGAGGAGCGUGAUUUCGCCGUCUGGAGACUCGAAUGUGAAGCCGGAGCAGGAGAGGCUCAUGAGGAGACUACUGCCAUGGGCGGCUUCAAGCUCGCUCUCCUGGAUCCAAAGGUUUGGGCUCUUGUCUGGUGCAUGCACAUGUCCCAGGCUAUGGGCUCGACUGUCAACUUCUUCCCUUCCAUUGUCCAGACCUUGGGCUACGACAAGACCAACACGAUGCUCCUCACUGCGCCUCCCUUCAUCCUGGCUGCCAUCGUCUUCUAUAUCAUUUCAUACAUUAGUGAUCGCAAAGAUGCGAUGUAUGUCAUCAUCAUCUCAUGUCUUGGAGUUGGCUGCGUGGCCUAUGUCAUUCCCUUGGCAACCGUCCAGACUGCUGCUCGAUACGUGUCCAUGAUGCUCAUGCCAGCCGCUGCAGCUGGCCCGCAAAUCAUGCUGUACAAGACACUGAAUCUCCACAUGGCACGUCCAUUCAGUAAGAGAUCCGUUGGUACCGCCAUGAUCAACUCCAUCGGAGGUCUUUCCAACAUCUGGGCCAGUUAUCUCUACUUUGGUCCUCCCCAGUAUACUGCGGCUUUCGCUUGCGUUCUCGGCUGUGCCGUCUCUUUCUUCCUUACCAUCACCACCUACAGAUGGCAUGUGAGGAGGCUCAACCGCCUUCUUGGAGGCACUGAAGAGGAACAACGCCGUGUCAUGAAGAAGGGCGUGACCCAGCAGCAAAUGCCGCUUCAACUCCGCACAGCCACCAAGGACGAUGUCCCCGCCUUGGGCAGGGUCGCCUCCAAGGCAUUCCAUCCGUCAAUAGACCCCAUCGCCAGCCGACUCUUCCCGCCACAUCUCCGGUCACCAAAACAGCAGGAUAUUGACGGGAUACUCGCAUACCGGAAGGCGCGCAAAGCAAUCGUCGUGGACGACACUGAAAACUUGGCGGUCAAGGUCGUUGUGGAUGACGAGCUUGAUGGGCAGAUUGUCGGGGUCGCUGUUUGGGAGCUUCCCAAAGACGAGGCGCCAGGCUCUGCAGAGGUCGGGAAGAGCAAACCACAGGCGGCGGCGCCGACACCCCCUCCAGAAAUGGAUCAAGACGCCGUCGGUGUGGUGAAGUCGGUCCUUUUCAACGAUGCUGUUGAGGCAUUGGGGAAAGAUGGAGUCGCCCAUGUGUACCACCUACAACUCAUUGCCGUCGACCCAGCGCAGCAGAAACGAGGAAUCGGGAGACUAUUAGUGAACUGGGGCGUUCAGCAGGCCGAUGAAAGGGCCAAAAAGUGCUACUUGUUUGCAUCAGAGGCAGGGAGACGCCUGUACCAGUCGGCGGGCUUUGAAAUCGUGAAAGAGGUUCCCAUCGUUACCAUGGAUAUCAAGAAGACGAGCGUCGAGCUCCAAGAGGAUGUGCAAGAAGCUACCACUCAAACUGCCACAAACCCUUGGAACGAGCGUUUCAACGGUGAGACCGAAGAAUGGCGGGCGGCGAUGAACAAGAAAGUCCUGCGAAAGGUCGACACGCGCCUCAUGCCAACCCUCGUUGUCAUGUAUCUGCUCAACUUCCUCGAUCGCUCCAACCUAGCCCAGGCGCGUCAAGGGUCCCUCGAAAAGGACCUGGGUAUGACCGGUACCGACUUCAACCUUGCCACCUCCAUCUUCUUCGUCGGAUAUCUCCUCAUGCAGCUUCCCUCCAACGUUCUGUUGACCCGUCUGCCCCCCUCCAUCUAUCUCGCCACAUCGUGCUGCCUUUGGGGCGUCGUCUCGACCUGCAACGCGGCGGCUCACAGCUUCACCCACCUAAUUGUCAUCCGCUUCUUCCUCGGUUUCGUCGAGGCUCCCUUCUUCCCAGGAGCUGUAUUCCUCAUGAGCUCCUGGUACACUCGCGCCGAGUUGACGCAGCGUGUUUCUUGGCUGUAUGCUGGCAACGCGCUGGCCAACAUGUUUGGUGGUGUCAUCGGAGCCGCUAUCUUGGGUAACCUCGACGGUGCUCACGGGCUUGCUUCAUGGAGAUGGCUCUUUAUUAUCGAAGGCGUUGUCGCGAUUGCUUUCGCCAUUUGUGCUGGCUUCAUCCUCCCGAACUAUCCCCAUUCCACCAAGUGGCUCUCUGAAGAAGAGAGGGCCUACGCCUGCUACAGGUUGGUUCAAGACGUCAACGAGGAAGACACAUACGGCGGGGAGCAGACAAUCUGGGAUGGUAUCAAGUUGGCUAUUCGGGACUAUCGUCUCUAUAUCUUCGUCCUCCUCCAGCACAUCAGCUUGGUCUCGCAAACCUUCCAAUAUUUCUUCCCUACAAUUGUUGGCACGCUAGGCUACGACAAGAUCACCACCUUGUGGCUCACAGCCCCGGUCUGGUUUGCCACCUUCCUUGUCUCCAUUGUCGUUACAUGGACAUCCUCGAAAACAAACGAUCGAUCUUUGCAUAUCAUUGGUUUGAUGAUUGUGUCCGCCAUUGGAAAUGCCAUCGCUACAGGCACUACUGUUCUGGGAGCUCGGUACUUUGCCAUGUUUUUGAUGCCAAUGGGCGCAAUCUCGGCUUAUCAAAUUAUCGUUUCAUGGGUCGCCAAUUCUUUCCCUCGACCAGUAGUUAAGAGAUCUGCUUGUAUCGCUGUCGCCAAUAUGAUUGGAAACACGGCCUCUAUUUACGGAAGUUAUAUGUAUCCCAGCAGCUCUGGUCCUCGGUAUAUUCCUGGAGGAAGCGCAAACGCUUGCAUGUGUAUCUUGACUGCCAUUCUAGCACUCGUCCUGCGAUUCGUCCAUAUUCGCGAGAACAAGAAACUCGAAAGCGCUGAGCAGGAAGUCGAGGGGGGCAAGGUGGCUGCUGAUGCGACUCAGGAGAGGAGGGCUGUUGGAUUCAGAUACAUCUACUAG